CGUGUCACUAGGGGUUGGGGUCAACGCAUCUGGGCCAAAGCUUCCACCGCCAGCAGAUCUCGCCGUCGCGUCGCCGUCCAUGCCGCCGCGCCCGCGCCACCGCCUCCGCCUCCACCUAUUCUCCCUCCUCCUCGUGGCGCUGGCACGCGCGGCCGUAGCACGCGGUGGCGCGGUGGAGGACGCCGCCUGCGGCGCGGCGAACCGCACCGACGCGGCCUCGCUCCGCCCGGACCGCCUCACGGUGCUCCUGAGCGGCUACUCGGAGCGGCGCCUCCCGCUGCUCCGCGCCAUCGCGGGGGCCUACGCCGCGCACCCGCUGGUCCUCGCCGUGGUCGUGCUCUGGUGCAACCCUUCCACCCCGGACCGCCUCCUCCUCCGCGGCGGCGGCGGGUUCCCGCCCCGCGUCGCUCUCCGCCGCGCCGCCUCGGCGUCCCUCAACUACCGCUUCCUCCCGCGCCCCUCCGACAUCCGCACGGCCGCCGUCGCCGUAGCCGACGACGACGUGCUCCCAGACGCCGCGGCCCUCUCCUUCGCGUUCGCCGCCUGGCAGCAGCAGCAGCAGCCGGCGGCGCCGGGCCACCCGGGCGCGGGCCCCCUCGUCGGCUUCUUCCCGCGGUCGCACCACCUCGACCUCGCCCGCGGGAGGUGGGCGUACACGGCGGCGCAGCCGGGGCGGUACUCCAUGGUGCUCACCAAGUUCAUGGUCCUCGGGACCGACCUCCUCUACAAGUACUCGUGCUCACCGGAGCUUGCGGCCGCGCGCGCCGUGGUGGACCGGGAGCGCAACUGCGAGGACAUCCUCAUGAACUUCGUCGCCGCCGAGGAGUCCAGCACGGGGCCUGUGCUCGUCGAGGCCGGUAGCAUUAGGGACUGGGGCGACCCGAGGAACGACGUGAAUGCCGGCGCAGGCGAGGACGGAGGCGCGAUGAAGGAUGUUGGGCUGAGCGCCACAGGCGGGUUGGGGCACUGGGAGAAGAGAGGGGAGUGCAUCACCGAGUUCCACCGGCUUCUGGGGAGAAUGCCGCUGCGGUACAGCUACGGGAAGGUGAUGGAGGCCACCAUCGGCGAGCAAGGGCUCUGCAGCAAAGGUGGCCGCCUAGUCCGGUGCGACCAGGAGUAGCUGAAGCCUGCCAAUGGCGUGUGCCGGACUGCCGGGAUUAGAGCUGUCAAAGAAAGGUGUUACAUGAAGAAUUGGAUGUGGCACACAAGUUUGAAUCUGGAGCCGGCUGAUGUGGGUUUCAGAACUCUUAAACUGAUCCCGGUUCAUACUGGGACUAUGAUGACAAAACUUCUGGGCAACUCAAAGUCUUUAACACCGCUGAUGUGGAUACGUCAUGAAUCCCCGUUUAGCAUGGCAUUUGGAAAGGAAUGUUUCUUAUGUGAAGAAUCCUUGGCUGGCACUUCUAGCAGUAACGUUGCAGGAGAAAGACCAUCAUGGAAUCAUAUCUGGUCAUGCAGCCAUUUGGAAAGGAACGGUUUAGCUGUAGCUUGUUCGUGUGUGGAAGCUCUGUGAUUUUCUUCGCAGUGGUGUCAAAGCCUUACGGUCAUUGAAUCAGAGUGUCCAAAGCUGAUUGAAGCAAUGAAGAACUGUGGCUAUGACAGAUCGGAGAUCAGCUUUUUUUCAUCAGGGAAGCAAAACACAACUGGCCCAGCUGCUUGAAGAAAAUCUCAUUCGGCUGUAUGUUCUGCGUGCGUCAUCGACCUGAUAAACAUCGAUUGUAAUAUGUCUUCAAUCUAAGCAAAUAAAGCCCUCAUUUAUCCAAAAAAAAAAAGGAUUCAAAACCAAUGAUGCACGCAGCGCUGCAAUAUGCCAGUUCUGCUAAUCCGAAUUGGCACACAUCAUCAGAGAUGUGUAAGGUGGUAAAGCAGAAAGCAAUAUCUCCAUGAUUCAGUUUUAGUUUCCUUUUCCUCCAAAUCUUUGUAGCUUUUCAUUUCAAACACGCAUGCAGAAUUGUAAAGAGCUUUCCCCCCUGAUUUUUUACGAACUGAAUUUGUUUUGAAAACU